AUGGGCCUGGAUCCAAAUCAUCAGAUGACUGAGCGCGAAAUACAUGACUAUCACAUACCUGAAGGCGUCGGGGUCCAUUGGAAGGAUCUUGCACGAGCCCUAAAUUUUUUAGAACAAGUUAUUAAGACGAUCAAGGAAGAAAAUGGCAACAAUCCCAAGGAGUGCUGCACGGACCUUAUGGUUCGAUGGCUGGGUCGGGAAGGAAGGGAUGCAACAGCUGGAAUAUUGGCUGACUCUUUAAGACGUAUAGGACUCAAAAAUGUGUCCGACAGAUUGAUUUGCCCCAGCAGAGAUUCCGUGGUGAGUAGAUAUAAUGGGGACUUUAUUUUGGUCCAGUGUUUUGUGUAGUUUACACCAAUAGUUCUCGCUGCUAUUUGUUCAAAAGUUGGGUAUAGCAUUACUAUAUAUAUUUUGAAUCAAGAUAAUUUUUUGCACCGGUUUCAUUCUGCGAUUCUGCAUUUUUCAACUACAGAUGCCGGCUGUAAACGCGCAAAAUGUUCCAUCGGAGUUCUUCUUUGUAAAAGGCCUUUGUUAAGAAUAUACGCAUUUCUUUUCAGAUCAACGGAUUCGAGGAGUUUCGUGAGAUGAAAGUUCAAUUAUCCAGCUUGGAAGCAAAGGUAUUGAAAAAACAAACGACAAAACAGUGCUCUUGCCUGUAAACUAUACAUGACCACUUGGAGAAGAUGGUGAUUUUAAUGCAUUUCUUUUUUGCUUCGUAAACAGGUUACUAAGAUGAGUGCCAAAAUUAAGAAAUUAGAAGAAGAGGUAAGCUAUAAAUAUUUAUUAGCCUAAGGGAUUUAUAGGCUUCUCAAAUAGAAUACUCACGUGCGACGUAUACAUCACUUCCCUUCAGUCUCCAAUUAAAGGCUUUGGUUAUCAAUAAAGACAGAAUGAAAUACAUAAAAACAACAUGCAUUUUAACUGAUUGACUUUACACGGUGCUCCUUAAUAUUUAGAACAAUAUAUACUAAUAAUCACCCCAUAUCAAAAGCUUAAGGGCUGUAAAAGGUUCAUAAAUAACAUAGCGCAAGUGUCAUUUUAAACGAAAAAAGGCCUUAAUAAAAAGAAGCAAGUUCAAAACAUUUUGACAUUCAUUUUACAGUUUGAAAAUAUCAUUUUGCCUACAGAACCAGGAACUGCGUGCUAGACUAGGAUUGGAAGGCGCAGGGGACUAUGAGCAGGUAUAUAAGAGCCUCUUCAGAUGGGCCCGGUUUCCGAGAUCUCGCCUUACCUCUUAAUCCUUUGUAAAAUUUUCGAUGUGUUUAUAUGAGGGGGCGGACUGGCUCAGUUCCUGAGAUCUUGGUUUUUCCAACCGAGAUCUUUUUAAGCGGGCUGGAAAUUUUGCCAUAUGAACACUUCAGCCCAGUUACCGGAUGAAAGCGGGAUGAAUUCUUCAAAUGAAUUCUGCGUCGUCUUGCUUUGCCCGCGGUAUUUUCCACAUCAUAAGCCUCCCAUUUGACAAGGGUGAUACAGCUAUAAGAGCUGCCAAAGCUAUAAUAGGCGCGAAUGUUUUCGAAUUUCGCGCCACAACUCGUCUUCAGCCUUUUCUCAUCUCGGAACCGGGCUGAAAUUUCUCAUAUGAACCCAAGGCAAAAUUGGUCCCAGUAAGUGGGACAGCCCGGUCAUGAUCAACCGGGCUCAAGUGAAGAGGCCCUAAGUAAACCACGUGUUUAGUCUUUUGGGCCGGAGAUGUUCGAUCAAGAGUUACUUCAUCUCCCAGGUUUACUGUAAACGGAACCUAUGUGCAAUACAAUACGAUACAAUGUAAUACUUUAUUGAAUCUCCCCAGAGGCGUUUUUCAGUGAUAAUUUGCAAUAAUCAUUAACAAAUAAAAGUUAAAAACUGUAUAUAAAUAAAUAUUAAAAAGGGGAAUUAAUUUAAGUAAUUUAAAACUAGCUAAAACUGGUGACAGCGGGACAGUAUAGUAAGAAACCAAUCAGGAUCUGCGUUAAUUUUCUUUUGAACAUCUCAACCUCAAAUUCCAUAUACAAAAUAAUGGAAGUUCUCAUAACCCAUUACAAAGAAAUUCACGCCUUUGAUCAUGAAAUUUCCUAUGAAGCGAUUUACAGUAAGACCCACUCAAGUAUUGAGAUCAUGCAAUCUAAACAGAAUGUACGAAUGCACCCAGGAGCCCAAGCAACUCCCAUAGACUCCUGUAUGGGCCUUUUGACCAAUCUGUUAAUUUUUAGAACGACUUUGGCGACUUUAGAAUAUCUUUUAAUUGUCACCAAAACCUACAGUCCUCAAAGUGGUAUUUAAGACCUUUUGGUGAGGUUUAGAUUUUCUUUUUCAUUUCAGUCCUUCUCCUUCGAAUGUGCUCAUGGACAUAGCAAAGCUACUAUUUUCACGGGAAAAGGUGCUCUAGGAUGUAUCUAAAAUUAUCGAUCCGUGACACUGUCUAACAUGGGAUCGGGAGUCCCCCUAAGGGAGCGUGUCAUAACCCAUGACCGAUGAUGAUGAUGGUGAUUCAUAUACGAUUUUGUGGAACAUAGUCUUAUUGGUAUACUAUGUGAGAAACGGAAGAUGAGCUUUUCUAUCAUCAUUUUCCCGUUGGUUAACUAGUCCUCCCUUAAAAGGCCAAAGUUCGCACCUUUCUUAUGUCAAUUAACCUUAGUUUGCACCACUGUUAUUCCAUGUAUUUUUUUUUUUCUAUUUAUGGCCUUUGCAGGAUGUGGUAUACGUAGAAGAACCUGAUCAAACUGCUCGAGAGCGUCCAAUCAGUGAUAAGUUAAAAGAUGUAAACGAUCAGCUUAAGACUUACGUGAUAGCACCUUUGGAAGUGUCAGAGGUCAAACAAGAUCAGCUAAAUACACCAGUCAAAAUAGAUCUGCUAACAAAUAUUUCCAGGCGUUUACAGGGGCUUUAUAGCAAGAUGCAAGCUUUGGUUGGGGAGGCUUGUCAAUGCAGCGAAGACCUGAAGAGAGACUACUAUGAUCUCGCCAAUAAUGGGCUCAUAGCAGCACACAAUGACGUGAUACACAGAGUAGAUGAUCUUAAAUCUUUGCAAGAGAAAAUGACGGAGGAAGAAAAACGGAAUUUUCAAAAGCUACAAACUUAUCAGGGUAACCGGCAAAGACAGGUCGAGAUGCUAGAUAACCUGUGGAGAACUCUCUUCAAAUUCGUAAGUCACUCUGGUUUUGUUUGCCAGUCUACAGAACGAAGUCGAAUUCAAAACUAAAGUGAGCCAAAGGGCUGUUAUUAAGAAUCAAGACUUUGGUCCUGUAAGCACAUUUAUUCGCUGUGUUAAUUAAGUCCCUGGAUAAAUCAUCCAAAUUUUUUCAAGAAACAGCGAAGGCAGUCAGUCUUGUUCACGAAAUCAUGAGAUCACCUUAGGUCAAACCUUACUCUAGUAGAGAUUUAUAUAAAUUCGGAGCGCAGACGUAGAUUAAAAAACUCAUUUCCAGAGCGUGGUUUUAUUUUUCGGUGCCAAGUUUGGGCUCACAAGGCAAAAACAGGUGUUGGCGACGCUGAUAUGAAUAAGAGGUGAAAAGCUGUCUUAUAUUCAUCCUCUGAUGUAGUGUUAAAAGUAAUGCAGAGUCCAAGGCCGAGCUUAGUCAAUUUCCUCGGUCGACCCAAGCAUUUACCUGGAAUGGGAUGUCAGCCAUCAACUGUUAACCACAAAUUAACUUUUUUUUCAUGAUUUGCAGCCCGAACCACUCCCUAAGGCUCCAGUGUCUCAACCGCAUGCCGCGAGUGAGAAGCCACGCGACAGUAAAAAAGUAAGUAACUAUACUCUAUUUUGUUAUCAAUUUUUCACCAAAGGUGCCAAAUGAAAAGAACUAGCAGCUCCUUUUUAAGAGGUUUGUCAUCUCCAGAAUAUUUUUACUGUUUAUUGUGAAGGGUGGUCUGUUUAAUCUUACAAGUGAAAGUUUUGUUGUUAAAUUUAAUGGAAAAUGCUUUCGAGUAAAGCCCCGUUUUCCUGGAAAGAGGUUCGCCCUCCCAGCCAUUACUCCCCAACGGUAUAGAUCCUGCUGUAUAGAUUAUAUCUUUUUUUUUAUCGUGGAUUAUUUCUGUCUUUUACCGAACCUCUUCAGUAUUGGUUAAGUUGCUAAAUGCCGUUCAUUUGAAAACUGAAUUUCUCUGACACAAAUACAACCCUGUGAUUGCAGUGUGAUAAUAGACUAAUAAAACAGAAUUUUAAUUUCAUUGGUUAUGCGUAGAAGCUUUCAAGACAUUCAGACCCAGGAGUAAGGCCAAAACAACUGAAAUCAGGCGGAGACGUAGCAAGUGCUGAAAGACCCCCACCUGGCAAAGACGAAAAAGCAGAUGAAGUGUGCUUAAAUGUAGGUAUCACAAAUUCGCACAUAGCUAGUAUUUCAUUUGCCUUUUACUUGUUAUGGGUAAUUAAAUUCAGCGUCGUGACCAAAAUUAAACUUGUUGACGAACUAAACCGCGUGCGAUUACCCUGAUCCAGUCACCAUCCAUCCAACCCCUGACACUUGGACGGUAGAUAUUCUCUUUGGCUAAUGAACUGUUCGAGAGCCACGUUAUUUGUAAGAACUUCGUGAAACUAAAAAACCUUGGUUGUUACUUACGGGAGGCGUCUUUAUCUUGCAGUUCACGCAACAGAAGUCAGCAAUUGGAUCAAUGAAAAGCCUUUUUAAAAAGAAGGACAAUGAUGAAAAACAAUGUUCUGUUGUUUCGUACACUCCGAGAAGGGAUUCCUAA